UUGUAUUAGACGUCUGCGAUUUGUCUAUUCGGUCCGGGUCCGUUUUUCCGUCGAGGGUUUUUUUUCUCUGUUUGAAUUGAACACUUGCUUCAAAAGUGGAUAGCAAAGGCUUAUCGGGAGCCCGAGUGUUAAGGAUUUUGUCGCGCCGCGAGUCCGGUUCCGCAAAGGAUAUUUUAGCUGGAGAAAAGUUUUCUCUAUUUCGGGGUUCUUUUUUUGUUUGGCUCUGAAUCUUUUUUGAGGUGAUGUGAGUGCAAGUUUUCGACAAGUGAUUUGGGUUGGGAAGUGUCCAGCUCCGGUGGGAAAAUUUUUCGAAUUUUUCUCCGUUGCCGUUCCUUUGUGGUUUCCUCCCAUCAUCCGGUUCGACUUGUCUGGCUGGAGCUGAUAGGAAGAUGAAGUCUCGGCUAGACAGGCAUCUUUAGUAGGACGAAGGACGGGACAACUGCCAGGGUGCGGGAUUCACCCCUGUAGUUAUGCACAUUCUCGAAUCCGGUUCCGUCGAAGGCACGCACACAUAGCCAGAAGGAAGAGGAGGAAUCGCAUGCGGUAAUCCUUGCGGAUGGAGAUUAUUCUUGUUGGACGCCUAGCCGUUCUCUAUCGGUAUUGGUGAGAGAAUUCCUGCUGCUCUGUUUUUGUUGAUGAUAUUAUACGAAUGGGUGGGUGUGCCCCGUUGUUCCUCCUCGGAUGAAACCGAGAGGACGAGAUGCAACCAGCCAGGAUGAUCUGAUCAAUAACAACCACCCCCGAACAACGAAAGGUUCAAUGAUAUCGAGCAGAAAGUGCUUUAAACAAUUUUAAGGGCUCUUCCCUCAAAACCGGAAAUUGUGUUCCCAAUGUGUACCAAAGAUGUGCUAAAUCGUUAGUCAACAUCCAAAGGAAGCUUUCUCCUAACGUAAUCAAUCCAAUCCCAACCAGUGUCAGAAAGGAAAGUGAUCCAGUGAAUCUGUGAAAGUGUGUGAUAAUUAAGAAACAACCCGACCCAGAAAAAAAAUCUGUAUCAGACGACACCUUGCCUCGUCUCAUCUGGCCGAAGAUGACAGAAAGAAAGUUUACCCGGGGGCUCAACAAGCCGGGCAUGGCCGCCCAGCUGAGGGAGAACAUCUCGCAGGUUGUACGUGAAUCUGCUUCACUUAGCAAACCGAUCCUAGUGGAACCAAUAGAUUUCGAAGGAUUUAUCAUCAAAAAUAAAACCCUCAUCCAGAAUGAUCCUCAGCGAGAACUUUUGCUGUACCCCAACGACGAUGUUACGGAAGUGGUUCAGCCGAAAAAAUUCCGUACUAUCACCAAUAACAUUCCCAGGUUCAACAUUGGAACCAGUUCCCCGCCUUCCAACAUCAACAGCACCAGUUCCAGCAAUGGUUCUCCGGAAGCCACCUGUAGCAGCCCCCCGACACAUGCGAAAUCUCCAUCAACCUCCGGAUCAUCGCAGCAGCAGGGACAUUUGCUAACCCGGCAAGCCUUGCACACCUACGAAUCUCCCAACUAUCUGAUCCACUACAAGUACAGCGCCUACGGGGGAACCUGUAAUGAUUUGCCAAAGAAAUCCUCUUCCGACGAGCUGAAGGAGGAGCUGUACGAAGUGGACAUCGACCAUGAUCGGUUGGAUGAACAAAUGACCCGAUCCCAGGCCGAUACGAUCACCAAACAGGGCUACCUGUUGAAAGGUCCGGACACCAACUCGGACCGGAUGUUUGCCCAUAUCGGUUCGAAAUCCUUCAAGCGUCGAUAUUGCUCACUACGGCAGGAAAUCGACGGAACCUACAUGUUGGAGCUGUACAAGGACGAGAAGCAGAUCGAAGCCAAGACCACCAUAGUGAUGGAUUUCUGCAGCGAAGUGCUGCCAAAUCCGAAGAAAGGUAGGUUCUGUUUCGAGCUUAAAAUGACUGCCGGUCAGCACAAAUCAUUCACACUGGCCGCCGAUGAUGAGGCCGAUAUGGAAGAUUGGCUAAAAAAGAUAUCAUCGGUGAUAGCUCAAAACAAGCUGCAAGAUGAUAAGAGGGCAGCUUCGCUUGAACGAGCCCCACCGGCUAGUCCGAAUCCAUCGAAUGCCUCUAUCAGUAGCACGGCCAGCUCAGCCGUUUCCACCAUGAUGUAUGGCACUCUCAAGGGUCUGGAUCAGAGUAUGAAUCCGCAGCUCAUACGGUACGGUCGAGAAACGGAUAUGUCCAUAGCGCAAGCCCGGAAGGAGAACCGCCGAAGACUGUUUGGUGCGUAUCAGCAGCAGCUGCAGCAAAAUAUCGCGGGUGGGAAACCGACUGCCGGGAAAAUCGAAAACGUGGAACCAUAUCGGGAACAGUUCGGUCAACGAAUUCUAUUCAAAUGUGAUCUGCUCAAGUUUCGUCUACAGGCUCCGUUAGGCGACGCGUCAAUGAACGGGGACAGCGAGAUGCCAAUGUGUCAGCUCGAACCCUACUUCACCAGUGUUGCGCUGUACGAUGCCAAAAAUGGAAGGAAAUUGACGGAAAGUUUUCACUUCGACCUGAACAAGGACCACGUUCGUGAUAUGAUGAACGCCAGCUGUGAUCCGGAGAAACCUCAAUGCACCUCACCGAAACCAACUGCCAAAGCCAACGGCCAUAGCCAUCAGAAUGGUAAUGGGACCACCACUAGGCACACCCCCAAAAUGCGCUGUGAUUCGAUUGAUGAAAGUUCUUAUGCGGAAGUUAGUCAGGAAUGGCUCGCAAGGGCUAGGAAUGCCAUUUUUAGCGUCACGACACCCCAUUCGGACAUUUUUGUAGUGGUGAAGAUCGACAAGAUCUUGCAGGGCGCGUUGAAUCCUUCGACGGAACCAUAUUUGAAGGCUAAUAAGGAUGUUAAAAUACUGUCGAAGUUGCAAAAGCAGAUCAAACAGUACUCGCAAAAGUGUGGCCACUACAGGAUGCCCUUUGCUUGGGCAGCUCGGCCGUUGUUCCGAUUGUACAGCCAAGAGCUCGAUACAUCGUCGGAUUUUCCUGCCAUCUACCGGCAGGAUGGUGCUAAGCUGAAGGACGAUGAACUGUUAAAGCUGCUGGCCGAAUACCGGAAACCGGAUAAGUUUAGCAAACUGACUGUUAUACCUGGUUCGUUGAGGAUAUUUAUCGAAGUUUUGAACGGUCUUCCACCGAAUUGUCUAACCCCGGCCCUAAUUCCGCUGAAACCCUUUCCCUCGCCACCGACUGCCGAUCCCACCGUUGAGAUUACGGAAUUUGUGGCCAGUUCGGAACAACAUCUCUAUCCACAUGUGACCUUUGUCAAUCACCUGUAUGUUUAUCCGAUUCAUCUCAGCUACGACAGCCAGAAGAUUUUCUCCCGAGCCCGGAACAUUGCCGUCGUCGUGGAACUACGGGAUAGUGACACCGCUGAGGCCAAAUCAAUCGAGUGCAUCUACGGUCGUCCCGGUCAACCGACGCUGGUAUCGCAGCUUUCGUGUCCGGUGCUGCAUCAUAACAGUAGCCCCACCUGGUACGAGGAGAUCAAACUGCGGCUACCGCUACGAAUAACUUCGCAGCAUCAUCUGCUGUUUUCGUUCUUCCACGUGUCCUGUAACAUCGCCAAAAAGAAGGACCUGGUAUCGACCAGUGCUGAAACGCCAGUGGGCUACGCUUGGCUCCCGCUGCUGAUCAAAGGUAAACUGAACAUCGACGAGCAGUGUCUGGCGGUGGCCGCGUCGCUUCCGGUUGGGUAUCUGUCCAUCCAGCCUCUUGGAUUAGGGAAGGGGCAGAACUCCGGUCCCGAAAUUCAGUGGAUCGACAAUCAGCGGCCGAUCUUCACCAUAAACUUCCGGCUCGAUUCAACCGUACUGACCACGGAUCAGCACCUGCAUAAUUUGUUCGUCCAUGCCGAGCGUCUUCUAGAACAACCCAAACCUGUCGCAUUGCCAGCCGAAUCGGAGACAUGCAAAAUUUUGAAAGCGGCCCAUGCCAUUCAGAGCAAUUCGUUGAUUGCCUUCUUGCCGACGAUUCUGAAUCAGUUGUUUAACUUGUUGGUAGCAACAAGUAGUGAAGAGAUCGGUCUCAACAUCAUCCGUUUACUAGUCAACUUGAUCUACAUGAUUGCCGAAGAAGCUAAGCGGAAGGAACUGCUUCUGGCUUACGUGAAGUACGUAUUCCGUAUUGAGGGGUUUCCCGUUAAUGGCUGUUCGCCGACUUCGCAACACGUUAGCACCGUACAUGGUGAACUGUGCCGACAUCUGCCUACGCUUCUGCAUCCAAACAACACCGACUUCUUGUUGAUCAACAAGUUCAUGAAGUUUUCGGGAGUCUUCUUCGACAUCAUCAUAAAGAGUAUGGGACAGUUCCUGUUGUCAACUGGCCGAAUCAAAAUGCAACGGAACGAAAGGUUUCCGAAAGAAUUCGCUACACGCAUUGAGUCUCUGUUCCAGGUGUUGCUGCCGUAUCUGAACUCCCGGCACCAGAAAGAGAUUGGCCAGGAAACCGAACAGCUGAACCAAAGUCUUGCCGUAUUUGUGAAACGGUGUCUCUCGUUUAUGGAUCGUGGUUUUGUAUUCAAGCUGAUUCGGCUUUAUAUGGAUCGCUGGGGGCCAGGGGACUCUCGUAUUCUACAGGAAUACAAGUUUGCCUUUAUCAAAGAGAUUUGUUCCCACGAGCAUUACAUUCCCUUGAAUUUGCCAUUUCUGUUGAGUCCAAACAACAGACCACCGGAUUUGCUGCAGCAGUUUUGUUUAUCGGAAGAAUUUUGCAGACAACACUUCCUAGCUGGGCUGCUGCUGCAGGAAGUUAAGAGUUCUUUGAACGAGAUAAGCCAUACCCGGAAGGUAGGUCUGACGAUCAUGAAGGACCUGUUAGCGAAACACGACCUUGACGAUCGGUACCAAAACAAGGGCCAGCUGAGCAGAAUUGCCCUGUUGUACGUACCCUGGUUGGGUAUUGUCCUGGAAAAUUUGAACCGAAUAGCCGAUGGUAUGGAAAAGAAGAAGCACGAUUCGAUCGGCACCAACAGAAUGUCCUGUAGCAGUAGCUAUGUUUUCGCAAGGGACACAACUCCGACAAUUCAACCUUCAUCAAAUGUAACCUCAAACACCAGCACACCCAAAUCCCGAAGCAACAGAGUCACGCUACACUUGGGCGAUUGUCCUAGCCCCUUGAGAUCAUCGUUACAUCUGAAAGAUAACAGUUUUCUUGCCACCAUAGCCGGUCAGAUGUCGCUUUCGAAUGGACAUUCAACGGCAUCGCUCAAUUCGGAAUGCUCAACGUUGUCCCAGGAUGGCACCGUCGUGAUUCGUCAAAAUGGCAGCCAAAGCGAUUUGAACCUCACCGGUCGACCUAGUCAUGCACGAUCUGUCAGUGUGACUCAGCCAACAAUCAUCCAAAGAACCGAUCGGUUUACCGCAUCGGAAACCAAAGAUAUGCUCAUUAGCUUCCUGUUUGUUGUGAAGCAUCUAUCGCCGGAUCAUUUGAGCGCCUGGUGGCACAACUGUACCGAAAGUGAGACGGUACAGUUCUUCACGGUCUUGGACCUAUGCUUGGUGUAUUUCAGAUACGUUGGUAAAAAGAACAUUCAGGUACCGAUGGAAACCGGUAAAGAUACUCGAAGCGUUAAGUCCAUCAAAGCUAGCACGCUUCCAGCUAGGAUGGUUCCUCCCAAUAGCGAAUCAGCCAAUUCUUUCGAAUCGGGUACACUAAACCAUCCAGGCAGCAGACUCAAUCUAGAGGACGAAACAACCCGGACUCAACGAGCUCUUUACGAAUCGAAUCUAGCCACCGAGAUCGGACUAACGAUCCUGGACUGCAUGGGACUGUAUUCGAUACAAUUUCGAAACUCUCUGCUCGAAAGUUCCGUUCUACCAAAGCUAGCAAGAGUAUACUUGCGGUUUCUCCAGCUAGGACAAUCGGAAACCUUGUCGAAGCACGUUUUUGCUUCACUCCGGGCGUUUAUCAACAACUUUUCGUUAGCUCUGUUCAAGGGGAAUGCCAUACUUUGCGGACAACUUGUCUACGAACUGCUCAAGUGCUGUGAUAGCCGACUUUCCAACCUCAGGCAGGAAGCUUGUGCUGUGUUGUAUCUGCUGAUGCGAAGUAACUUCGAGUUCAGCAACCGGAAGGGUUUAACCAGAGUCCAUUUGCAGGUGAUCAUUUCCGUAUCGCAGAUGAUCGGGAACGUGAUUGGGUUGAACAAUGCAAGGUUUCAGGAAUCGUUAUCGAUUAUCAACAGCUAUGCCGGCAGCGAUAAAGCCAUGAAGGGAACCGGAUUCCCAAUGGAGGUCAAGGAUUUGACAAGAAGAGUUCGAACGGUAUUGAUGGCAACGGCUCAGAUGCAAGCGCAUCACAUGGAUCCCGAACGACUACUGGAGCUGCAACAUUCUUUAGCGAAUUCGUACGCAUCGACUCCGGAACUACGCCACACAUGGUUGGUCACGAUGGCUCGCAACCACGAACAGAACGGUAACAUUUCGGAAGCAGCCUGCUGCUAUCUUCACAUUGCGGCCCUCAUUUCCGAAUACCUUAAGCUGAAGGGGUGCUGUCCGGUGGCUUCAGGGGCCGAAGCUUUUGCAAAGAUCUCCCGGAAUAUACCGCGCGAUGAAAAGGGUCUCAAGCUGGACAGUGGUGCACAGGACUCGCAGUACACUGAACAGUUGCUGCUGGAUCAGCUUAAGGAGUGUGCCGAGUAUUUGGAUCGUGCUGAGAGACACGAGUGCUUAGGGGAGCUGUAUCGAUUGAUAAUUCCAAUAGUGGAGAGUCGUCGAGACUAUCCAGGCCUUGUGCAAUGCUACGAACAUCUUACCCAGUCGUACAAUCGGGUAAUUGAGUUCAACAAAACUGGUCGACGUCUGUUGGGGCGGUUCUAUCGAGUUGCCUAUUACGGUCAGAUCUACUUCGAGGAAGAGCAUGGUGUCGAUUUUGUCUACAAAGAACCGAAGAUAACAUCGUUGAGCGAGAUUUCGGAGCGACUUCACAAACAGUACCGAGACAAGUUCGGUAGCGACCAUGUGAAGAUGAUUAUGGAUUCUUGCCCGGUGGACAUCGCCUCGUUGGACCCCAAGAUCGCCUACAUCCAGGUUACGCAUGUGACCCCGUAUUUCUGCAAGGACGAGCUGGAAAUACGCCAAACCGAGUUCGAACAGAACCACGACGUCGAUACGUUCAUGUACGAGACACCCUUCACCCCGGGUGGUUGCGCUCGCGGUGCCGUCGAGGACCAGUGGAAACGAAGAACCAUCUUGACGACUCAAUACAGCUUCCCGUACGUGUUGAAGCGGAUUCCGGUGAAGGAGCGGCAAACGAUGGAACUGAGCCCCAUCGAGGUGGCCAUCGAUGAGAUGCAGAACAAAACGGCCGAACUGGAGGAAGUGGUUCUGGGACCAAUCGAUCUGAAAAAGCUCCAGCUAAGGCUACAGGGUAGUGUGGCCGUUACGGUUAAUGCUGGACCGCUGGCUUACGCAUCGGCUUUCCUGGAUCCCAAGGUAGUCGGCAAAUAUCCCGCCGAUCGAGUUGAGGAUCUGAAGGAGGUGUUCCGUGAUUUCACUCGCAUUUGCUACACGGCGUUGCAGAUCAACGCGAACGUUAUCUCGGCGGAUCAACGGGAAUACCACUGUGUUCUGAAGGAAAACUAUGAGAGCCUGUGCCAGGCGCUGGGAGAUCUCUUGGGCGAGUUCCUGUACCCGCUGGACGAUAGCAAUAAUAACGCACAUCGGCACAGUCUAGCCUUGUUCAGUGCCAUUAGCGGAGCGCCGAACAAUUCGAGCACCGCUUAGGAAGUUUUUCACUGAAGACUCAUUCUUUCUUUGGAGAGGAUUUAAAAAACAAAGUUACAAAUAACGCACAGUUUUAUAAACGUUUUACAAUAGUCAAACAAUCAAAAUAAACUGAAAACGGUUGGCAUCUUCUCAUUUGGUUCCAAUUUUCGAGAGGUUUCUUCUAAAAAAAGGAGAAUCUUUCUCUUAUUUCAGCUUUUCAGAAUCGCUGCUGUAAAAUAAUUUAUUCGGAAAUGUAUUAUCGUAUUGUUGGCUGUCGGCUCAGGCCGCACAUGUUUUAGGUGUAAACAUUCAUGUACAAUUGCAUACAAUUGUUAUAAUCGCAACUACAAAAAAGCCAGUAAAAAUCUUACUCUACGAAAUUUCGAGCAGUUCGAGCAGACCGUCACCCAGUUGGCGAUCCUGCCGAGACUUGCUAAGUAAAAUUUCAAAUUGGAACUUACCUCGCAUAACUUAGUUUCAGUUUAUCUUGGUGUCCCCGCCUGUCGUCGGAGGACUCGUUGUGUAUAUUCUCCAUAUUUGUUCAUUAUUUCUUCUGCUUUCUGUGAAUAUCAAGAAGCAGCUUCUUUGUUCCGGAAUGUGACCGGUGUUGAGAAACACCUCAAAAUCUCAUUUAGUUAGUAAUAAUACUGUAGAAAUUAUAGCUUAGAUAUCCACGAACGCUACGAUGCUGCUCAAAUCUUUCCAUUACCUAACCAGUUACUGUCUACCGAUAGCUCAAGCCACAAACUAUUCUAGUGUGUCUCAAUAAAAUUUGACAAAAGCCUACAGAUAAAAAUCUCUACUCAAGACUGCAACCGAACAUGAAACUGUUUCAAAUUACACUUUACAGUAAGAUUUCAAUAGAGCAUGUGUUUGUUCGAUGUUAUCCCUCAUAGUGUAGUGUCAUUUAGUUUAAGUAAAUUGAAAAACAACACCAAGACGCAACAAAAAAAAAAGGUGAUGACUACUCUUAUAGCUAAGAAAACUGUCUAUAUGCUGACUUUAUAUGUUCAAUAAAAUUUAAACAAAUAAACUAAGAACAACAUCCACAAAACAUUUCACACUAGUCAUAUUCUAGCUGAGUUUAAGUCACAAUCUAUUCAUUUUUCCGAUGUCUUCUUGUAAAAAGUUCAGUUGUUAUUACGCAUAAAGUAGUGUUAGGAUCCUUAGAACCCUUUAAAAUCAUUAAAUCUGUUGUUAAUUAAUUAGUUAAGCUAAAAAGAUUCUUUAAAACCCUUUUCGAAAAGAAAUGUUUUCAUAUAGCAUUAAAAUCACCGAAGGUGGAUAAUUUUUCUUGUUAUGACUAUUUAUGACACACAUAUUUUAGUCUUUCUUGAACAUCACACCGAAUCUGUCACUCAAAGUACGAUUAAAUAAACUGUAAUCUCAAACUCUUAGAAAAAAAAAUCAUCACGCAAACUGAUACAUCACUUUCCGCACCAGGAAUUUUUUCGUUACCCGAAUCUAAAAAGAAAAUCUCACUAAAGCAAAGAACCAUCACCAUUACUUUUUCUAAAUAUUCUUAACACUAAACCACAACCUACUCAAGGAAUGAAUUAUGAAAAAUAGGAAAACUAAAACCAGCACCGGGUUCCACCUUUUGUGGGAGAACCGUUCUUUUUUCGAAAGCAACAUUUUUUUAUCGAAACAAAAAAACAUACACCACAUACUCCAAUCGAUGAUAUAAAAAAACCAUAAAAGCAUACCUAUACAUAUGUUACGACGAUGUUGCCUCAGUAAAACGUAGGAUGUUUGAAGAAAAAAAAAAACGCAACAUGCAUGCAUGCAAAUCUACUUAGCCCCCAAAAAUAAACGCAUCAAAUGAUUCCCCCAAUCUUACUGUGUAACUCUGUGUUAUUGUUGUGGGGACGCCCGCAACUACUCUUAUCGAUUAAAUAAUGUAGUCAAAUAAAUAAUAUUAAUAAACAUGAAA